UUUCAUGAGAAUAAACCUAAGGGUUAAUUAGAUGAUGCAACCAAUGCGACAGAAAGAAAACUUAGAACCAUAAAGUCAUGCACCCAAUGUGACAGAAAGAUUAUGAUUUCCGUAUAGAAGGUUUCAGGUUUCCUGCCCCGUUGCAGUACAGUGUACGCUUAAAACAAUUCAGUCAUUCAUGAAUGAUAUAAUUCAACUUGACGUCAAAAAAGAGAAGAGAAUGAUGCAAUUCAACUAUGAUUGGGCCAUCUGACCAGAUCUCCAACUUUAAUUUUCUUGACACUUCUAAAAUGAUAAAGAGAGGAAACAAUGACCCCAAAAAAAAUGUCCCUAUGAUGUGCUCCCUGCAUUAAAAUUAUUAGGAGGCUCACAGGAAAAUUGUGCUGUCUAGUCACACCCUUUCUUGCUAAUCUUGAGGUGGCCACCACCAUCAUGGUCUGUAGUGCUCACUUGCACCUCCCCAUGGCUUAUAAUAGGCUAUAAGUGUAUUGUAGAUUGUGCUUGAGCUUGAGCUGAGUUAAAGACUGUUUUCAUUGGUCUUAGUACCUAAAGGGCUUGGGCUGAGAGUAAUGGGUAAUGAGAUGGGCAACAACAACGUUAUCGGUCAACAAGUACCAGAGGAGAGUGCUAAGGAUUUCGACAAAACCAUGGCCAACGCAGAUUAUUCACAUGAGCUCAACAACAUAAAUGGUGAGAAAGAUACGGAAAAGGAUGGCACUAAGGAUGUAGAUAUGUCGGAGGUAUUAAAGGUCCCUCUCAUCUCUAGUGGUGGAGAUAAGCAAAUGGCUUCAGAUCAAACAAAAUUGUCCGCUGCGAAUGAAGACUUAGAUGAGAAGAAUAGGGGCUCACCUCAGGAUCACACAUCAACAGAAGAUGAUGAUGGGAAUAAAAACUUACCUACAGAACAAGAUAAGGAGAAGGAUGGCACUAAGGAUGUCGAUGUGUCAGAGGUGUUAAAGGCCCCUGCCAUUUUUAAUGGUGGAGAUGAUCAAAUGGCUUCAGAUCAAAGAAAAAUCUCUGCUGCAAAUGAAGACUUAGAUGAGAAGAACAGGGGCGCACUUGAGGAUCAUACAUCAACACAAGAUGAUGAUGGAAACAGUAACUUACCUACAGAACAAGGUGAUGAAGCACAGGAGGACAGUGGAACUGAAACAGCCACAAAUUCUGCAGAAACAGUUGCCCGUUUCGACACCACAACUGAAGCUAUAACAAGCAACAAGGAUACUUCAUCAUCUGAUGAGCAAUUCACACAACUUGAACACGAAACUACAGAGAAAACUGAAGAAAAUACCACGGCAAAUCCCGCCAUGUUGUUAGAGGAAAACAUUGAAGAUCUGCCAGAAGACAAGGAGGAAUCUUGUAGUCAAGAAGUUGCAGUGGUGGGUGAUAAUCUAGUUGGAGAACAUACAGUUGAAAACCUAGAAGGACAAACUGGACCGUCAACAGUGGAGGGUGAUAAUCUAGUUGGAGAGACUACAACAUCAACUGAAUCAAUUAUCAGUGGUUAUGUUGAUGACGAGACUAAGGAGGUUGUCGUCGAAGAUGAACCUAGAAAAGGAGAAAAUUCGUCAUAUGUAAGACCAGAAGGCGACACCAACCAAGAAACAUUCAAGAAUGAAGAGAAGCAAGAAAUCUGUGAGAUAGGCAAAAUCAAUACAUGCAAAACUAUAACAGAAGAUACUGUGGUUAAAAGCCCUGAAGUGCUAGAAGAAGAUGAGAAGAUCCAAGGAUUGGAAAAUCAGGAGGAAGAAUUUCCCAAAUCUAGUGCAUAUGAUGCUCCUGACAUUGUUGAAGCUGUUUCCCAAUUUCAGUUAGCUUUAGCAGAUCCAAGUGCAACAAAUGGCAAAGAAUUUCAGAAACAUGAACUGAGUAUAGCAGAACAGAUGUCAGAUUCUGUAAGUGCAGCAAUGGAGCACAAUGUAAUUGAAACAGCAGAGAAAGAGCAAGGGGGAAUUGUUGAAAAAGAUGUUGCAGACAAGAAUGAAGAAGAUAAUUUUGAAGGGGAUAAGAAAUCUGAUGGUAUGUCAGAGGUUUUAAAGGACCCUGUCAUUUCUAAUGGUGGAAAUGAUCAAAUGGCUUCAGAUCAUACAAAAAUCUCUGCUGCAAGUGAAGACUUAGAUGAGAAGAACAGGGACUCACUUCAGGAUCAUACAUCAACACAAGAUGAUGGUGGGAAUAGUAACCUACUUACAGAACAAGGUGAUGAAUCACAAGACAGUGGAACUGAAACAACCACAGAUGGUACAGAAAAAGUUGCCCCUGUCGGCACCACAACUGAAGACAUGACAAGUAACAAUGAUACAUCAUCAUCUGAUGAGCAAUUUAAAGAAGUUGUACACGAAAUAACAGAGACAAGUAAAGAAAGUACCAUACAGAAUCCCCUCACAUUGUUAGAGGGAAUUAUUGGAAGUGCGCCACAAGAUGGGGAGGAGUCUUGCAGUCAAGAAGUUGCAGUGGUGGAUGAUAAUCUAGUUGGAGAAGAUACAGUUGAAAGCCUAGAAGAAAGACAAGCUGGAGUGUCGGUAGUAGAGGAUCUAUCGACACCAUCGUCGGUACAAGCAGAGACUACAUCAUCAACUGAAUCAAUUAUCACUGAUCAUCUUGAUGAUGAGACCAAGGAGGUUGUCCUCGAAGAUGAGCCUAGAGAAAGAGGCCAUUCAUCACAUGUACGACCAGAAGAUGACACCAACCAAGAAACAUCCAAGAAUGAAGAGAAGCAAGAAAUCUGUGAAAUGGGCAACAACAAUACCUGCAAAACCACAACAGUAGAUACUGUGGUUAAAAGUGAAGAAGUGCUAGAAGAAGAUGAGAAGAUCCAAGGAUUGGAAAAUCAGGAGGAAGAAUUUGCCAAAUGUAGUGCAUAUGAUGCUCCGGACAUUGUUGAAGCUGUUUCCCAAUUUCAGUCAGCUUUAGCAGAUCCAAGUGCAACAAAUGGCAAAGAAUUUCAGAAACAUGAACUGAGUAUAGCAGAACAGAUGUCAGAUUCUGUAAGUGCAGCAGUGGAGCACAGUGUAAUUGAAACAGCAGAGAAAGAGCAGGGGGGAAUUGUUGACAAAGAUGAUGCAGACAAGAAUGAAGCAGCUAAUUUUCAAGGGGAUAAGAAUUCUGAUGGUAUACAUGACUCCGUCGGUCUUGUUAUGGUCCAUGGAGAAGAUUUUACAGGUUUAGGCCCGCCAUUAUCUGGCCCUCUUUCUAUUUUGAAUGAAGAAAAGGUACAUGAAGAAGUCGUCAUAGAAGAAUUAGCCGCACCAAUGACUGCAAAAUCAUUUGCUCUUAAACCAGUAGAAGAUUUUGUGAAGGAAGAUAUUAAACCUGAUAGCUCAGAUAGUAAUGAAGGAACCACCACCUCCACAUAUGAAGCAAAGACUAUAGAUACACAAGAAACUAUGAACAUCUCACAAUGUGAUCAGCCUCAACAGGUACUGCUUGAAGAACCUGAAGUUGUCAAAUUUGAAAACAGUGAGACUCUGAGCACUUGCAUCCAGCUGGUGGAAUACAGUUCAGCGACAGAAUUAAUCUUCCCUGAUGUAUUCAACAAGGAGAGAGAAGGCACAUCUGAUAAAGCCACAUGUUGUACUUCUGAAUCCAAUCAGGAGAAAGUCACAGGGACUGUAGGCUUUGCUGCUGAAUCGAAACAAAAGAAAGUUAUUGCAAAUGCUGAUAAUUGUAGUGAGGAACAGUGUUUGCUUCAGAAACCAACUCUAGGGACAGAUGUGGGUGAAGAGAUUCCGUUACUUCUGAGUACAGAAAGCAUCAACUCUUUAAGUUAUUCUAGUGAACAGCACAGCAAAUUAGUCAAGGACAUCCCCAUGACCAACAUCACUCUGAUGCAAGCCAAAGAUGAAGCCGUGGAAGAAUCUGAGAAGAGUCCACUGCUGAGCCCUAGGGAGCCAUCAGAAGGAGCCUUCAGAGCGCCAAAUCACUCGGGAAGAAACAAUAAACCACUUCGUAGCUUAAUGACGGAGGACGGUGUUGGAACGUGGUCGCUGUUGAAGGAACAAGAACCGGUUCGGAAGAACAACACCACGGUUAGUUCUCCUAGAAGCAAAGAAAAGCAGAAGCCAAAGUCAUCCCUUUUUGCCAUUUGCAUGUGUUGCACCACAGCUACGAACUGAUUUAUGGCUUCAUUUGUUGUUUUCCUUAAUGCCUGGUUGAUUUUCUUUUUGUUCAAGGUUUGAUGCUCGAGUUUACUUAGUGAAGAAUGUUUUGCAGUUGCUGGAAAUAUUUUAGAUACCACAACUUGUAUUGAUCAGAAGUUGCAUGUUACUCUUUUUUUCCAUCACUGUAUCUGGUUUGGAGAAUGAAUGCCUUCAAUAAUACAAGUGUCUGUAAAGGGUUGUCGAGUUACAAACAUCCUUUGUGUACGAUACGAUAUAUAGCAUUCCGACAUUAAAUAUCUCCACUGCCGUUGUUCUAUGCCGACAAAUGUCCAUAAAAUGCGAGCAUGACAUGCCAAAAACUUCCAAUUAUCUUAAGCAAUUUGAGUUAAUCAAAUUUUCGCAUAAUCAUAUUAAACUGGUAUAUUUUAGUACGUUCUCUUAAAAAGGACAGAAACAAACAGAACAAGCCCUUUCAAAAGGAUUACUGAAUUAAAUUUCCAACAUGAGAAGCAAACGCCAACAUCACUGUAGUUGGCACAAUGAUAAAGUUAGCCACUGAAAGUAGUUUCGCAAGACCAUCUUAUUUAAAAGCAUUUCCACUAAAGUGGAACAUGGGAAUCCCAAAAACAUGUUGUUUAUGCUCACCAAAGAGUCCUACCCUAAAUGCCAAUGCAGAUAUUAUGUAACUUAUUAUUGACAAUUCUGCUUCAGACUAUUAUUCAUGCUCGAAUUCACACAUUGAACAACUUCAGGAUUCAUAUUUAAGCUAGAGAAAGAAAAUCAGUAAUGCUCACGGUAUGAUGUGACAGAGGUCGGAAUACUGGAGAAGAUGCAAACAAUGAUCAAUUAUAUGAUAUCUGUCAGUAAUACACAUUCAGGUAUACAUAGACUUGUUGCCAAACAGUGCAAAUAUCAGACGAACAAUAUUUACUGAUUAGAGCAAUUCCAGAUUUCUAACUAGUAAAAUCACAGUAAGUUUUGCCGAAAAUAAUCGCAGACAUACCACGCACCCCAUUUCCCCAACCGAAGACAAGCCAUUGAUGGUUAACUUACCUCUGCCAGUGAAAAGAAAGUGUUGGUGGCAUAUGAAGCCUGCAAGAAGUUAGAUCCAUUCGGGUUAA